AUGUCACCCAAAAAUAAAACAAAAUCAAGAGAAGAAUUAUUGGAACAGAAAAGAAUUGCUGAACGAUUGAGGUACGAAAGACUUAAAAAAGAUCCUAAAAAGAAAGAGGAAUUAAGAGAAAAAGAACGUCGCAAAUACCAAAUGGAGAAAGAAAAGGGCACAAGAAAAUUAGACAAAGAUAUGAAUCGUCGAGAACACAAUGCUCGAUUGGAAAAAACUAAUAUGAAAAAUAUCGUCGACACACCGAACACAAAACUACAAAAAAUGGGUGAUGUUCCAGAGACUCGCAAAGAAGUCGUUAAAAAGGCGAUUUUUAGUGAGAUAUUGAAUGAACAGUUAAAAGAAAACUAUGCCCAAUUAAAAACAUUUAAAGAAAAACAAAUAUUCGGAAAAGUCAUGUCAGGCACAAUAGUAAAUAAAUACAAGCUGUGGAGAAACAAAGAAAGUGCUAUUUCUUAUAAAAGAAUCCAGAAGUCUGCACGUCAGUCAACUUUGGUACCCACUGCACAGACUCGCCUUGGUUGCAUUACAUCUCAAUCUAUCAAGACAGUGCGAAAAUUUUACGAAACUGAUGACAACAGUAGGAUUGGUGCAGGAAAACGGGAAUGUAUAACCAGAAACGUAGUGAAAAACAAAAAAGAAGUUCCAAGUGUAGAAAAGUUUACUUGGAACUUUUCCGAGACUGGUCACGGCAAAGGCGCCCCUGAUUGGGUUGGAACUACCUGCAAACGAUCUGCCGAUGCCGUCAUUGCUGCAGGAGACGACAUUGAUAGUUUAAAAUCUUUUGUAGAAAUUAUACAACAAAGAUGUCCUAGAAUUAUUAUAUUUACCAUCGAUGACGAAGACAUUUAG